AUGUCUUCAAAUCUAUAUUCAUUUUCAUCAGACACUUUAUCCGAGUUGAGGAAAUUUAGGUUUCAAAGUGCCAGAGUUGACAAGAUGCAAGCCUUGAUAUACACAAUAGAUAAGGAUACAUACGAAAUCAAGAAGGAUGAAGAUGUUGACGGAAUUAUAGACUCAAUAGAAUCCUUGAUCGAAGAGUUGCCAGAUACAACACCCAGGUAUAUCGUGGUGUCGUACCCAAUAAAGACGAAGGAUGGCAGAUUACAAUCACCUUUAGUGAUGUUGUACUGGAUCCCACCAACUACGGGGUCCAAUUCUCGAAUGUUGUACGCAGGAGCAGUUGAGCAAUUUAGAGACAAGGCUGGUGUGUCAAAAUUGAUCAAAGUCGAAGAAGAAGAAGAUUUUGAAAAUUUUGAAUCGCUUCUAGUAUAA